AUGCCGGCUGCCCUCUGGGGCCUCUGGUGGCACUCCCUGCAGGGACCUCUUUUUGACUGCCGACGUGCCCUACUGCUGCUGCUGCUGGGAAUCUCGGCUCCUCAGCCGAAUCAUAAGCCCUCAGCCGUCUGUGUUUUGGCUGCAGCAGAAACUUCUGAGAAGCUGGUUGCCGACUCCGAGUUCACAGGGCCCCCGGUGUUUCAUCCCCCCUCCGCCCGCAAGCAAGACCACCGUGCUGUUCACGCUGACAGCUUGGCAGUGGGGUCACUUGGAAGAGACGGACAGGUGAUUUUAGUUCCUGAAGAGUGCCAUGAGGGCAGUGUACUUCGGGAGCAUGGGGAGGAAGAGACUGAUAUUGAGGAAAAGAGUCAGGUCUUCAUGGAGAAGUGGUCUUCUCCUGGCUUCCUUCUGCCUGUGCCAUCUGUGGCUGUUGCUCUGGCCGUGACGCUGCGGGCGGCUCUGAGUGGCCAGUGUCAGUGCCCCAGGUUUGCUGUCACCGGCCUGGGGGCUUCCACGCAGCAGCCUGGGAACUGGGCGGAGCGAGGGACAAAAACGUCCUGGCACCUUCCUGAAGAAUGGGAAGAAAGGAGAUUCUGGAAGCACAGACUGAACCGCCGUGCCAGAGGCCGAGGAAGCGGAUGCCUGAAGGGAGUGCUCCCACACCCACAGGAGCCCCGAGGACAGCUGGUGCUGGAGGCGUGCAGGCCCAAGAAGGGGAGAAAUGCCAGCAGUGACCUCGAGCCACCCACAGCUGUUCCCGAGCAGUCCGCCCAGGACCACCGAAUGGAGGACACACAGCGGAUCUCGCUCACUUGGCGACUGAAGAAGCUGGAACAAAGGCCACAGAGGCUGAAGAAGCAGCAGGGGUCCGGAAGCUUUCAGAAUAACCCUGAGAAAAUCGUCUACUGAAUUACAACCAGUUUUGCUGACAAAAGUUGUGAGAAGAGCCCCCCACCGGCUCCCAUCGUACUUGGAUGCCAUUCCUCAUGGACUUUGAAGAGCUCACCUCUGCCUUCCCAAG